GAGCUCUACAUACACACAAAAGUCAUGAUUGUAGACGAUCGUUAUGUCAUAUGCGGAUCAGCUAACUUUAACGACAGAUCACAACUUGGUGAUCACGAUUCCGAGAUUGCUGCUCUCAUUGAAGACACUGCCAUUGUAAAAACGCGUAUGGCCGGACAAGACUGGGAAGCAAGAAGAUUUGCGUAUUCGCUUCGUAAUUUCCUCUUCAAGGAACACCUUGGCCUGCUUGGUGACCAAAUUCACCAUGAAUCUACUUCCGGCAAUUGCCAUCCUCCACCACUGGCUCUGGAUUCCAGAUCUUUCUCAGUCGAUGAACAACUGCAAGAUCCUGUGAGCGAUGAAUUCUACAAAAAUAUCUGGUUGAAGACAGCUACCACAAAUACUUUGGCAUUCCGGGAUGUUUUCCAUUGUUAUCCUGACGAUACUGUCACGAACUGGGAGGAAUUCAAUGCGUUUAUCCCAGACCGUAAGGCGGUUAAGAUUGGUCACGUUCAUAAUCUUGACAGAUCAGUUGAAGAUGUUAAAGCCAAUCUCGCCAAGAUUAGGGGUCACUUGGUUCUUUUCCCAACACAAUUCUUGAAGAAUGUGGAGCUGCAAGGCGCGGGUCUUAUUGUCGAUAGUCUCACACCUAUGAAGAUAUUUGUCUAA